ACAGAGGCUGGGAUGCUUCAGAGCUGGAAGCUGCUUCUUUGGGGUUCUGGGUAUUUGCAUACCGGACAGUAGACUUCCACAGGACUUUGAGCUGAUGGAGGUCUGGAGAUAUUGCUCAUCACUCAGCAUCCACAUGUUCUGAGCUUGUUAGCAUCUCAUUAAGUUUUGUCAGCGUCAAUUAUAGAUCUCAGAGCAGUGACUGUCAACAACCAUGAGCAGCGGAGUGAAUAUCAAAGUCAUAUCUCGGAGGCAGAGUGACGCAGGUGUCAGCUCCAGUCUGCCGUCACCUCGAAGCACAAUGUCGGUCUCAAAGGCAGAGCCCAAAGAGCAAUACGGUGGGCUCCCUAAUCCCACAAUGCAGUAUCAGCACAGCGCAAAACGACGGCCUACAUAUUCUUCACUGUCUGGUUCUUCAGGAGCUGCAGAGCUGCUGAGAGGUGCCGCUUUAAAGAACAACCUGCUGCACCAAAAGACUAGCAUGUAUUCACAUAGAAGCUCAGCAGCUGCAGGGCGAGCUGAUGGAACCUGCUCAGCUUACAGCAGCCCUCAGAUACCAAGGAGGGAAGUUCCACGCUCGAAAGACACAUCAGACAUCCGCAGCGACACGAUAACCCAGAAAGCUUUGAGAGACCUUCAGUUAAGAAGAAACACUAACAAGAACUGGACCUUUGGAAAGUAUCGUCAGAGGAGUGUGGACAAUGCACAAGAGGGUAACACUUUGCGACACCGCCCACCAAAUCCUCAAGUAGGCUACGGAAGAGGACGUCUUCUUUAUAGUAAAAAUGCAAAUGGAAAUGAGAUACCAGGAGUAUCUUCAGCAGGAAUAGAGAACUUCCAAAAAGAAGUGAGGAACAUCUCCAACUAUGACCUGGAAGCUUCUGACAGGGAGCUUUUCAACAAAUCAAAGUCUUCCCAUCAAACAUUCAACCUGCCACGCAGAGGGAGUGAGCCAGGAAAGGUCAACAUGGCUGCUGUUGCUCCAUUUAGAUUCAGGUUUAAGAUUCACGAGGAUACAGAUACCUCCCUGGAUGAUCUCAGUGACUGCUCCUCUGACUCCAUGGAGGUCUGUUGUGAUGAUCUAGGAGGAAUGCUUGGAAAUAGUGUGAAAGACAGAGAAGGAGAUUUAAAGAUGGAAAGGACGGAUAGCACAAAGGCAUACGGCCAAGCAGAUGGCAAAGGAGUUGGUAUGGCAGCUAAGAGGGCCAAGUCUGGAGUGCCCCAGAGCACACCGAGGGGAGAACUAAAGGUUUACCGGGCAGGUAGCUCUGAGGGCAGGAUACCAGUGCCCUCUAAUCUCCGCAAACAGAGGUCUAUGACAAACCUGGCUGUGCUCACUGACGCCGAGAAGAAGUUACACCUUUAUGAGCCAAAGUGGUGUGAUGACAUGGCCAAGCCUGGAACAGGGCAGAUCAAAACGUGCAAGCCAAAGACAGCAGGGGGUGGCAGCAGUGCUGGAGGGGGCGCCCCUCUCUCCCGAAACCUAUCCAAAUCUGAACACUCACUGUACCAAGGCAAACCCAAGCCCUUUAGCCCUCUGGCUGCUCCCUCUGCCCUGAACAAGCAGAGCCGCAUACCUCGUGGUCCUUACGCUGAAGUGAAGCCUUUGAGCAAAGCACCUGAGGAUGGAAAAUCAGAUGAUGAGAUCCUGUCCAGCAAGGCAAAGGCCAAUGGAAAGAAACCUGGAGCUGGAGCUGGAGGGGAAUGCAGUGCCAAGGGUCAAGGAGAGGAAGGAGCAGACAAACCUUUCCUGAAAGUGGACCCAGAGCUGGUGGUGACAGUGCUGGGUGACCUGGAGCAGCUGCUCUUCAGUCAGAUGUUAGACCCCGAGUCCCAGAGGAAGCGGACCGUGCAGAAUGUCCUUGACCUACGCCAGAAUUUAGAAGAUACAAUGUCAAGUCUGCGGGGCUCCCAGAUGAGCCAUAGCUGUCUGGACAGCAGUAAUGUGGGCUAUGACAGCGAUGAAACCAAUGCUCGCAGCAUAUCCAGCCUAUCCAACCGCUCAUCACCUCUUUCCUGGCGCCACGGCCAGGCCAGCCCUCGUCUUCAAGCUGGCGAUGCCCCAUCCUCCACAGGUGGCGGAUACCAGGGAAGUAAGAGUGGUUCCCAGUACACAGCCCAUACAAUGCCUGCUCGCUGCUCCAGUCGACUCAGCAGCACGUCUCGUAUUGAGCUCAUAGAAAGCCUUGAUGUUGAUGAACCCGAUCUCAAGUCUGGUUACCUGAGUGACACUGACCUUCUAGGAAAGAGCCUGCCAGAUGAUGAUGACGACAACCUGGCUAACGGUUGGGACGAGAGCAGCUCCAUUAGCAGUGGACUCAGCGAUGGUGAUGGCGAUGGCUCGGAGAAUCUCAGUUCAGAGGAAUUCAACGCCAGCUCGUCUCUCAACUCCCUCCCAAACACACCCUUGGGAUCAAGGCGCAACUCCUCUGUUAUGCUCCGCACUGAUGCAGAGAAGCGCUCUCUGGUGGAAAGUGGACUUUCUUGGUACAGUGAGGAUGGCAAAAGCACCCAUAAGCUUGGUAGCUCCAGCUUUGACUCAGGAAGUCUCAAGACAGAGGCACCAAGCAAGUGGAGAAAGAAGCCUCCAAGCCUUAGUGAAGAUUUUGGCGGUAAAGGGGAACUGAAGAAGCCUCAAAGUUUGGGUCAACCAGGAAGUUUCAAGAAAAGCAGAAAUCCUCCUGUGGGUGUGACCUCCCCCAUCACCCAUACCUCCCAGUGUAUGCUCAAAGUCGCAGCACCAAAAAGUGAGAAGCCACUGGACAAAUCCAAGAUUUCCAUCAGAACUGCUGGUCUGCAGCGUUCCCGUUCAGAUGCUGGCAGAGAUCAUCAUGGAGAGCACCGCAAGCCCCCUUCAGGUCUCGUUAAACCCACUGCUGGAACCUCCUUUGGCUACAAGAGACCACCAACAGCAACUGGUACAGCAACCGUCAUGACAGCAGGGGGUGCCACCAUCUCUAGUGGCUCUGCUACUGUGGGAAAAACCCCCAAGUCAUCUGGCAUCCCUGUGAAACCUGUAGGAGGAGGAAUACCCUCGGGUAGAAAGAACAGUUUUGAUGCCAGCAGUGAGCAGAGCUUCCUGGGGCCAAACGCCCGAAACAGCAUUCAGUACCGCAGCCUGCCCCGACCGGCCAAAUCAAGCACACUUAGUGUGAUUGGGCGCCCCACAACUCGCCCUGUCAGCAGUACAAUUGACUCUAGUCUGUUGUCCUUGAAACCUGUACCCAUAACUUCUUCAGGCCCCAGGGUUAAAGAACCAAGUAGCUCCAGUAUUAAAAUAACUAAUCGAACAAGUACUGGCCCAGUAAACCAGACAGACCGAGAGAAAGAAAAGGAAAGGGCCAAAGCUAAGGCUGUGGUUGCAGACAUCGACUGUGCUUCGCUAAAAGGAGAGGACACACCAUCCGAAUCAACAGGAGAGUCUUCUGUGAAACUGCAUGGCCUGAGACGAACUAGCAGCAGCAAAUACCCCGAACUGUCAUCACCCACCAUACCGAGGAUGCUGAACACUAAGUCUCUAGGUCGUCCUCCUAGCUUGGCUCACCUGGACAAGGUCAACUCAAACAGUCUCGACUCCUGUGUGACAAUACAGGACCUUCCACCCAAAGUGCCCCCAUACUCCAAGCUCCAAGACUUGGCUAGUUCCCACACAGCCACCCGCCUAACCCCUAGCCCAGCGCCAGUCCUUCAUAUUGAUUCACCCAGCCCUUACGCAAGUGAAAGCCUGAGUGGAUCGCCGAUACUCUACCCCAAACUGUCAGGCAUGCACCGCAGCUUGGAGUCCCUGCCCCUCCAGAUGAGUGUGCCUGCAAGUGCAAGGUUUGUUACAACAAACACCCGUGAUAAAGAAGAGAGGAGUACAGGAACCUGGGGGGCUGGGAGUAGGACGUCCCUCACCCUCUCAGACAGCUUGCAAACAGAUCGGAAUACCUUGCCAAAGAAAGGCUUAGAACGCUAUGGCUCAAACCUAUCAGAGAGUGAAGAAAGUAAGCCAGGAAGACGGCACUCCCACAACAUAGUCAGCAUGACAGAGAGUGAUAGCCCCCCUCAGUGGCCUUCUCCUACCCGCACCCUGCACCCAUUAUCCAAUAAGAUUCCUCUCACCAAUGUGGUUGCCCCAAUUUCCAGUGGCACCCCAAGGAUAUCGCGGUCCAACAGCAUAGGCCCCCCAAGCGAUUCUGCCUGCGAUCUCUAUGGAUCCUCCCCUCUGGGCAGCAGUAUGUCCCUGGUUGACCGUCCAAAAAGCAUGAUGCGGUCUGGGUCUUUCCGUGAACCAGGAGAGGAUGUGCAUGGCUCUGUGCUGUCUUUGGCAUCUAAUGCUUCAUCCAACCAUUCCUCAAAUGAGGAGAGGAUACAAGGGGAGCAAAUCCGCAAGUUGAGACGGGAGCUGGAAUCCUCCCAGGAUAAGGUUGCCAACUUGACCGUGCAGCUUUCUGCCAAUCUAGGCCAGGCUAAUCUGGUCGCAGCAUUUGAACAAAGUCUGGCCCUGAUGACAGCACGCCUGCAGACACUGUCUGUCUCCUCAGAUCAAAAGGACUCUGAGCUUACUGAAUUGAAGGACACCAUUGACAUUCUGAAGGCCAAAAAUACUGAAGCCCAGGAAAUCAUUCAGGGGGCCCUCAGUAAUCCGGAUGUCACACCCAAAGAGCUGCAGAUCAACCGCCAGAAUUCCUCAGAAAGCCUCUCCAGUCUUGCCAGCACCACCAGCCACUCGAGCAUGGGCAGCUUCAAGGAGCAGGAGGCCAAGAAGAAGAAGAAGAAGAGCUGGGUCUUUGAGUUACGCAGCUCAUUCAACAAGGCUUUUAGUAAGAAGGGCUCAAAGCCAACUGGGCCAUAUGCUGACAUUGAAGAGAUUGCCACCCCAGAAUCCUCAGCACCUUCCUCCCCCAAAAUCCACCAUGAUGGAGAUAACCCUCCGGUGUCAAUGAAAUCCUCAGCCUCAGCAUCAUCUUCAAGACUCUCUGAAGGGAGUGAGGCAGGUGAUGAUAAGGUUGUAACAGACCUGCGCACAGAACUGUGGGAGAAGGAGCGUAAACUGACAGACAUCCGCCUCGAGGCUCUGAGUUCAGCCCAUCAGCUGGAGCAGCUGCAGGAGGCCAUGAACAACAUGCAGAGGACAAUCGAAAACCUGAAGGCUGAGAACGACCAUCUGAAGACAGGUACUCCCUGUCCAUCUCCUGGACCCUCCAGCUCUGUUUCCCAGUCCUCAGGUCUCACUGCUCUGGGAAGCUCAUCACCCCGACAGUCAGUAGCCAUGCACGUGCCUAAAAGCUACAGCAGAGGGCUGAGUGAGGGGAGCAGCUCAGACAUCCACACUGCAGAUUCUCUCAGCCUUUCCUCACAGAGAGAUGACCAUCGUGUCAGGGUCGUGGUUUGUGUUGCAGAUCUACGUGUCUUUAAAGAUGAGGUUAAACAGCAGGAUUUCUUUGUCGGCACUGUCAGAGUGAAUGGCAGGAUGGAUUGGGUGAUGCUUGACUCAGCUGUCAGUCAGGCUUUUAAGGUAUACACAGCCAAGGUGGACCCCACCUCCAGUCUGGGACUGUCUACAGAUUCCAUCUACAGUUACAGUAUGGGCCACAUUAAGAGAGUGCUGGGAGGAGAAGCUCCUGAGACACAACCCUCGCGCUGCAUGUCACGAGGCCCCAGUAGCAUCACAGUGGCACUGAAAGGUUUGAAGGAGAAGUGUGUGGACAGCCUGGUAUUUGAAACUCUCAUUCCCAAACCCAUGAUGCAGCACUACAUAAGUCUUCUACUCAAACAUCGUCGUCUAAUCUUGUCUGGGCCGAGUGGCACUGGGAAGACGUACCUCGCUUCCCGGCUGGCUGAGUACCUGGUGGACCGCAGUGCUCGCGAAGUCACGGAUAGCAUUGUGGUCACUUUCAACAUGCAUCGCCAGUCAUGCAAGGAUCUGCAGCUUUAUCUUUCUAAUUUAGCGAAUCAAAUAGACCGGGAAAGCGCAACGGAAAUACCAUUGGUGGUUAUUCUGGAUGAUAUUCAUGAUCCUGCUUCCAUCAGUGAACUUGUCAAUGGUGCUCUAACCUGCAAAUAUCACAAAUGCCCUUACAUUGUUGGAACAAGCAAUCAGCCAGUGAAGAUGACCGCAAACCAUGGCCUGCAUCUCAGCUUCAGAAUGGUGACCUUCUCCAAUAAUGUGGAGCCAGCCAAUGGCUUCCUUGUGCGAUACUUGCACAGGAAGUUGAUGGAGUCCGAAGAUGAGAGGAACUUGACCAAUGAGGAUCUAAUCAGGGUGUUAGACUGGGUUCCCAAACUGUGGUAUCAUUUGCACACCUUCCUAGAGAAGCACAGCACAUCGGAUUUCCUCAUAGGCCCUUGCUUUUUCUUAUCCUGUCCAGUCACAGUGGAUGAGUUUCGAUCAUGGUUCAUUGAUCUUUGGAACCACUCUAUCAUACCAUACCUGCAAGAAGGGGCCAAGGACGGCAUCAAGGUCCAUGGCCAAAAGGCAGUAUGGGAGGACCCAGUGGAGUGGGUGAGGGGCACCCUGCCUUGGCCAUCUGCCCAGCAGGACCAGGCAAAAUUGUUCCACCUACCUCCUCCCAGCAUCGGCUCCAGCAGCCCCUGCCAGCCAAGUGAGGAGAGGCCUCACAAAGAGACUCCGCCCAGCUCCAUGGAAAAUGAUCCUCUGAUGGCAAUGCUUUUGAAACUUCAAGAGGCUGCCAAUUUCAUUGAAUCACCAGACAAAGAAGACGCUAGCCUGCCUAAACUUUGAAUACAAAGCUCACACCUAAACACUUAGUGCUCCAAUUUUUUUGUUUUUGCUUACUGCACUGCAGUGUAUGCAGUGCAUAUUCAGGAACAAAUGGACCCUCAGAAAUGGUUGUGGGGCUAUUAAAAACCAUCAUUCCUGCAGGAGAAGUUUGAAAAUAUGACUUAUUAAAUCCAAAUCAUUUAACCCAUUCAGUAUUUUCCAAAAAAACUGUUAAAUGAAAAGCUAUGUUCUCUUACUUAACUAUAUAUUUAAGAAUCACUUCACAUAAAUCAGAUAUCUUUACCAGUAUGGUAGCCCUCAGUACUUUUAAAUUGGUGCUAGUGGAUUGUUAAGAAGUCCAUCAGCUCAGCACUUCAGCUUCAGGGGACUUCUGCAACAAAACACACGGUCAAUCCUGUUUUAUGCUCAAGGGCACCUUGAAGUGUUUGUCAAAAAGAGCCAUUGGAAAAGAGUAUGACAGCAUCACAGAUACCAGUCUUUCUUGCAAAGUUCUUUGGCACAUAUCUACUGUAUCAGUCUUUGAAGGCCAAAUCUUACAUAUAUGCAAUCCUGAACUCUACAGCCCGAGCAGGUGAAACUUAUGAUAUGCCUUAAGACAAAGACAUCAAUGUCACCUCAACUUAAGCAGAAUAUACUGGUGCUUUUAUCAAUAACAUCCUAAGACAGCCACAUCCUAAGCUGUUUCUUUAGCUUUCUAUAUUAUAUAUUACAGUUCAUCAUGGUUACGUUUCACAGCAAAUCUUCUUCAUAGUUUAUGAGUUAAAUCUGCUGUCAUACUCUUUUGCAUAAAACAGAACUUAUUUAUCAGUGAUGUAAGUUCAUCACUUUGUCGCUGCACACUUAAUUUUGUUUUAGUCGCUACUUAAGUAGUGCCACCAAUGUCGCCAUAUGUAUCAGGUAUUAGAUACUUACUACACAGGGAUGAUAUAACUUAACAAACAACCUCUAAU